UAAAACGAUAAAUUUUAAAAAUAAUAUAUAAUUAUAUUGCACGGUUUAUUUGAAAAGAGAAAAUAAAACUUGCUCAACAAGAAAGUCCUACUCCUCCUACCUGCCCAAACGGCAUAGGGGAAUAGUUACAAUUUUGCCCUUUUCUUUAGUUGUUCUAGAAAUCACCCUUCCCUAAACCCUAAUCGAUCCGUUCCCCGCUCCGGCAACAAGCAUACUGCUAUAUAUAUACCAACAUUAGGAAAGAGAGUCACCAAAAUCUAAAUCUGGAGAGCUAGAUCAAUCCAUUACAGAAAUCUAGCAACGCCACAGCAAGAAAUCCUCUGCGAAUCAUGGCCAGCGCGCCGAAAUUCAAGAUCAACGGCCGCACACUGGCGCCGGAGAUCCAACUGCCUUCGCCGUCCGCCACCGUCCUCGACCUGAAGCAGGCCAUCCAGUCCCUGCUCGGUGUCGCCGUCGCGAGGCAGAGGCUCUUCCACAAAGGCGUCAGCGGCGAGCUCCUCAACGACCGCUCGAUCCAGUCGUACAAACUGAAAGCAGAGCAGCGGAAGGGGCAGGGGAAGUCAGUUGUGAAUCUGGAUCUGACGGUUGAGCCGCUGCCGAAGAAGAGGAGAGGAGAGAAGAUCUCGUUCGUGGUGAAGUUCGGCGACGAGCAGGCCACCUUCAAUCUCCGGGAGACCGACACCGUCCGUGACCUGGAGGACCUGAUGUUUGACCGAUUCAAGAUUAGCGACUACAAAUUGCGCUGUGCUGGUGCGGAAUUGCCUACUUGCGAUGACGGCGUUGAAGUUAUCAGCCUGUAUGAGUACUAUCUCUCGGAAGGGACGGUGAUUGAGGUUGCCAGUGGUACCAAGUAUUGGGGUUUCGCUCACAAGACUUACCCGCCUUCCUACUACAAUUCUCAGUAAUCUCUCGACUCUCGAGUCUGAAAUUGCAGUGGAACGACGUAACUUCCCCUGUUAUCACUUCACCCAGUUUUCCAAUUCUCGCACUUGUUUGUUUGUUUGUUUGUUCGUUUCGUUUGUCUGUUCAUGGAUGGCCCAAGGAUUGGAACUCGGUAAUUUCUUGUUAGACGUACGCUUCUUGGUGCUUGUAUGGCUAUGGAGAAUGUUGAAGUCAAAAUAGAGUAUGCUAAUUAAUAUGCGUUGUUUGUUACUUUGUUUGGCUGCUCUAAACGCCCAAAUUCUCUCUAUCUCUGUUCUCUUUGAUCUCAAUUUUCAAGUUCUUGAGGUUCAAAUCUCCGGCCAAUGUUUUAGCUUCAUCGUCGAUCAUAUCCAUGUCAGUUUCUUCACCCUAUGCCUCUCCGAUCCUUCAUUGUUUCACCACAACCGUCCAACAUUUGCACUAGUCGUACCUCCUAUGUGCCGUCGAAGAUCAAAGCCGGAGAAUGACCGAAUCCAUAGUGGUGUGUAUUUUUCACAGUAAGUUAAAAUGAUGUACCAGAAAUAAUUGAGCAAUGAGUUC